AUUGAGACAUCUUCGAUCUGAGUUAAAAUCAAUCAUCAAGAAUGAUUUACGGAUUGCUGAAUGUCUUGCUAAGUAAAUAGGCUCAUGGACACUUAAUUUUUACACAAGCCUGAACUUCGAGAACCUGGUUUGAGUCAACUAAUUUACAUUCGAUGUUGUAUAUUUAUUCUAGUGGCCUUGAAUACCUAAUGCUGUUUUUGACCCAUUAUGCUCUCAUAAAGCCCAGCUUUUGUCAUCUUAAGGAUUGAUUUUCAAUAUUCUAUUAUUGAAUGGUGUGGUUCUGAUGUGGCACUUGCCAGAGAGUAUUUUGCUGUUUAUGCAGACACUUGCUUUGCUAGUUUUGGUGAUAGAGUGAAGAACUGGAUGACUGUUAAUGAGCCACUUCAAACUGCGGUCAAUGGAUAUGAUACUGCAAUUUUUGCUCCAGGAAGACGUGAGAAUGCUCGUAUAGAGCCAUAUUUGGCAGCACACCAUCAAAUUUUAGCCCAUGCAGCAGCUGUUUCCAUAUACCGAAACAAGUACAAGGAAAAACAAGGGGGACAAGUGGGCAUCGUGGUAGAUUGUGAAUGGGCAGAAGCUAAUUCUGAUAAGAUUGAAGAUAAAUCUGCUGCAGCAAGGCGCCUGGAUUUUCAGAUUGGCUGGUACUUGCAUCCACUGUAUUUCGGAGACUAUCCUGAGUCUAUGCGUGAACGACUUGGAGACCAACUUCCCAAGUUCUCUGAGGAGGACAAGAAACUUCUCUUGAAUAAAUUGGACUUUAUUGGUCUAAAUCACUAUACGUCAAGGUUUAUUUCUCACGUGACAGAAAGCGCUGGAGGAAACUACUACUACAAGGUGCAGGAGACAAAAAGGACUGUGGAAUGGGAAGGUGGCGAGACCAUAGGUGAGAAGGCAGCAUCAGAGUGGCUUUAUGUUGUUCCCUGGGGUCUUCGGAAGGUUCUCAAUUACGUAUCACAAAAAUAUGCUACUCCCAUAUUUGUGACAGAGAACGGUAUGGAUGACGAAGAUAGUGAUGACUCGCCGCUACAUGAGAUGCUAGAUGACAAACUUAGAGUUCGCUAUUUCAAGGGAUAUCUUGCAUCAGUUGCUCAGGCUAUAAAGGAUGGAGUAGAUGUGAGGGGCUACUUUGCAUGGUCUUUACUGGACAACUUUGAAUGGGCUCAAGGUUAUACCAAACGCUUUGGAUUGGUAUAUGUAGACUAUAAAAAUGGACUCAGCAGACACCCUAAAUCAUCUGCGUAUUGGUUUUCACGGUUUCUGAAAGCUGGGGAAAACAAGAAUGGUAAAGAAGAGUAAUUGACUUUCUUCACUUGGUCUUGCUAGCUACAAGGAAUUGAAUAAAAUAAGAACAAAUUCCACCCAUAUCGGUAGUUGGAAGCUUUGUGUGGUAUGCAAUGUCAUUUCUCUACAUUUUCAUUUUUUCUCACUAUCCAACUUAAUUACCAAGUCUGUCAAACCCCUCUUAUUUUCAUAUUUAUUUCUCUUGCUUUU